GGCCGCGCCGUGCGAGGGUCCGGCGGGGCGGGGGGUCCCGCCCGCUUCCCCCCGGCCCUGCGUCCGUCCCUCCGUCCCCGCGGAGCGAUGGUGCCGCGGCGCCGGGAGCCCGGCGGGGGGCGGCGGGGCCGGCCCCGUGAGGCGGCGGGGGAAGCGGACGCGGGGCCGCGGCGGGGCCGGCGGGUGCGGGGCCCGCGCCGCCAUCUCCUCCGCCUCCUGCCGCCGCCGCUGCUGCUGCUGCUGGUGCUGCCCGCCGGCGUCCAGGGCCAGCCCGGCCCCGGCCCGCAUGCCCCGGACUGGCCCCCCAGCGGCCCCGGGCCCAGCCUCAGCAUCUACCUGAGCGAGGAGGAGGUGCGGCAGCUGAUCGGUCUGGAUGCAGAGUUGUCUUACGUGAGGAAUGAUGUGGUUAAUCACUAUGCCUUGUCCUUCAAUCUCCUGAUACCCAGCGAGACCAACAAUCUCCACUUCACCUGGCAUGCCAAAUCCAAGGUUGAGUAUAAACUGGGAUUUCAGGUCCAUGAUCCCAUGGCUAUGGCUCUGCCCCAGGCCAACAUUUCUCUACAAGGAGAAGUUCCUCGCACCCUCUCAGUGUUCCGUGUCGAACUCUCCUGCACCGGCAGACUCGACUCCGACGUCACAAUACUGAUGCAGCUCAACUUAACAAUAAAUUCCUCAAAAAACAUCACAGUUUUAAAUUUCAAACGAAGGAAAAUGUGCUACAAAAAGCUUGAACCAGAAGUCAAAUCUCCAACAGCUGAUAAAAACAGCAGCAAGGCUAUCUUCGAUCCUGUAAACGCAGCUCCCACCACUUCGACCCGCGUGUUCUAUAUCAGUGUGGGUGUGUGCUGUGCUGUGAUAUUCCUGGUGGCAAUAAUCCUGGCUGUCUUGCACCUCCACAGCAUGAAAAGGAUAGAGCUGGAUGACAGCAUCAGUGACAGCAGCAGCUCGCAGGGGCUGUCACAGCCCUCCACGCAGACGACGCAGUACCUGCGGGCUGACACCCCCAACAACGCCACGCCAGUAACCAGCUCCUCAGGUUAUCCCACAUUACGGAUAGAGAAGAAUGAUCUGAAAAGUGUCACUCUCAUGGAGGCCAAAGCUAAAGUGAAGGACAUAGCCAUCUCCAGGGAGAGGAUCACCCUCAAAGAUGUGCUCCAAGAAGGCACGUUUGGGCGCAUUUUCCAUGGAAUUCUAAUAGAAGAAAAAGACCCCAGUAAAGAGAAACAAGUUUUUGUCAAAACUGUUAAAGAUCAAGCCUCGGAGGUGCAGGUGACAAUGAUGCUGACAGAAAGCUGUAAACUCAGAGGGCUUCACCACAGGAAUCUGCUGCCUAUCACUCAUGUCUGUAUAGAGGAGGGAGAGAAACCAAUGGUGCUGCUGCCCUACAUGAACUGGGGGAACCUUAAACUCUUCCUGCGACAGUGCAAGUUGGUGGAGGCCAACAAUCCUCAGGCGAUUUCCCAGCAGGAUCUGGUACAUAUGGCCAUCCAGAUCGCCUGUGGGAUGAGCUACCUGGCCAGGAGGGAGGUCAUCCACAAAGACCUGGCUGCAAGGAACUGUGUCAUCGACGACGCCCUGCAGGUGAAGAUCACGGACAACGCGCUGUCCCGGGACCUGUUCCCCAUGGACUACCACUGCCUGGGGGACAACGAGAACAGACCAGUCCGCUGGAUGGCUCUGGAAAGCCUGGUCAACAAUGAAUUUUCCAGUGCUAGUGAUGUGUGGGCCUUCGGAGUGACGCUGUGGGAGCUGAUGACCCUGGGACAGACCCCCUACGUGGACAUCGACCCCUUUGAGAUGGCAGCUUAUUUAAAGGAUGGCUAUCGAAUAGCUCAGCCCAUCAACUGCCCCGAUGAACUGUUUGCUGUGAUGGCCUGCUGUUGGGCCCUAGAUCCUGAGGAGAGACCCAAGUUUCAGCAGCUGGUGCAAUGUCUCACUGAAUUUCACGCAGCGCUGGGAGCCUACGUCUGAAACAGCAGCAGAAGAUGGAAUUCCCUGCUGGGGAGAAACCAUGGCAUCCAUCUGCAGCGCCUCGCAUCCCUCGGACUCGCACACGUGAUGUGUAUAAAGCAACACUACAGGGAGAAAGCACUUCUUCCAAAACACUGUGCCUUAGAAUGCCUUAGUAGUCUCAAGUUUUUUUUGUAAGGCCUCUUGGUGUUGAAUAUUUUCUAGAUAUCACUUUUGCUAAGUUAAAUCGAGACCUUUUGGUUUGCCAUCAGGAUUUGUAAAGUGUAGAGAUAGAGAACUGAAACAUGAGAUUUGGAUGGACUUUGCACUCUGACAGCAGACACGUGAUUUUUUUCAGAAGGGUUUAUGGAACUGGUAGAAAAGGAGGAGAGGGGAAAUGAAAAAAAAAAAAACACAUUGCAAAAAAUUUUCCCUGCUUUUAACAAAAUGUUGAAACUGAAUCUUUCUGACCAGCUCUAGUGUUUGUACUUGUAUGUAUCUGGAAUAGCUUUUUAGUAUCAACUUCUUCUCUUUUGAGACAACAGCACAUGAUGGUUGGAUCCACACAUCUUACCUUUUUUAACCCAUUCACAAAUGUUCUUUGGAAAAGCUGGUCUUCAGGAUACAACAUCUCCUUUCUAAAGCGAUGAUGUAAAAGUGAUCCCAGUUUACCUCACACACAGAGUGGUGAAAGUGGGGUAAGAAUGGUGCCCCUCCUUUCACUUCAAAGGAUUUUUGAGAUGGUUUUAUGUGCUAACUAAAGGCCUUCAGAGAAGCGCCAGAGCAGCCCCUGUGUGGGAGUCUGUCACCUCAGGCUUCUGCCUCGCAGUUUCUCUUGUUCAAAAAGGUACUGGUUGUUUUUUAUGGGCUUUUAUGGCCUGAAAUGGGCUUAAAUAUAUAAAUAUAUAUUUGUAAAGACACUUGCAGAGUAAAGAAUGUUUUUCUAUUACACCUAACGUGAAAGCUUGGUCCCUCACCUUGCCCUGUGUGUGGAUUGUGCAGGUUGGUGGUGGUUAGGUUGGAGUUGGCAGGAAGAGAAGGUGGAUUACCUGCCUCCCAGUGGAACUGCUCCCUGAGACUUCAGGUAUUACCCUGCUGCCUUCCUUAACCCAGAGAUCCAAUCCACCCCAGAUUAUUUUGAACGUUGCUUAAGAGGACUGAACGUGUUUUUUCAGCAAAAUGUGUGAUAGAUUCAAGCUUUUUCUAUAUGUAACAAAGUUACUUGCAGGAUAGCUCCUGGUUCUCCCGGUGAACCGUAGGCUGCAUCCUCUGCCUGGUGGCACCACGGGGAGGGUUGUGCUUCAGCACAAUGUAGGACGUGAAAAGUUGCCUUUUGUCUCUGACCAUCUGCAGCUGAGCACCCGCUGCCUUGAGUGUUUGUGCAACUGCAGGGGUAGGACAUUGUCCUGACAGGCUCCGGAGCCAUCAGAGCAAGUACAAGCAGCUGGAUUUGGCUGGCUCAUGCAGAUGUGCAGCUUCUUUCCAGAGUUGUGAACCUUGCUGAAGACAAUUAAUCAUCUCAGAGGAUUAAUGAGGCAGAGCCUUGUGUGGUCCAUGUCCCUCAAAACACCAGAGCUUUCUUGCCUGUACUCCAGGGUUUGUUACCUGUGACCAGUGACCUAAGUCUUGCUUUAUCCUGGAAGGAAAUUUUCCUGCUGGCUCAAGUUUGGGCAUGUUGUGAUGGGCUGUGCUUGCCUGACGGAAUUGGAACUGGUUUUGUUUAGUUGAGUUUGGAGUAGCUGAGGCUGGGGACAGCAGCAGGGCCUUGGGUGUGUGGUCUCUCCAUUCUGACCUGGGGAACUGGUACCAGUGGCAGGACUUGACGGUGACGUGGGUGUUGAAGUCAGCAGUGGCAGUUCCUGACAUCCAGGUCGGUGUUCCAACAGGAUCUGCGGAGAUCACAGCUCUAAAAGUGAGAUUGGAGAACAGCCCAGGGUGAAAAUGAUCCACCUCUUCUCUGUGCCCAGGGCAGAGUCACAUGCACACAGGAUGUGCAUUGUGCAAGUUCUGCUCACACCCCAGGGGUGUCACAGGUGACAUCUGACCACGGUGGGCUGGACAUGGCUCAGGGAUGUGCUGCACCUGAACCUGCUCGACUUGGAGCUGUGGGAGCAGGAAAUGCGUCAGCUUUCCCUUCCCUAGGCUGUUUCUCCCUGCCUUCAUCCACAGAGACUGGGAAGUGGUUCUGCACAGAUUAGGGUACAGACAGAACUCUUCAUUUUGGAGAUUUGCUUUCAUUUAAUUAGGGUUCAUCUACAGGAUGAGGCUGCCACCUGCUCCUCCCAGGGCAGUGGUGCAGUCCCCAUCCCUGGAAGUGUUCAGGAAGCAGGUGGAUGUGGCACUUGAUGGUACAGUUUGUUGGGCAUUGUGGGCUCUGGUCAAAGGUUGGACUCGGUGAUCUUGGAGGUCUUGUCCAACCCUAAUGAUUCAAUGCUUCAAUCACAGGCAUUCUGCUGAUAGCAGAGCUACCUUGAGUAGAUUCCUUGCAGGAAUUUGUUGUACCUAAGGCUGCAAGUAGCUUUACUGCAGGGAUUUUGCUGCAUGUGCUGUACCUUAGCUCCAUGGGCUUUUGGGGAAACUCUUGAGGAGCAGGUGACUUGGGUAGAAGGUUGGAAAGACAGACUUCCUGGAAGGAGAAUAUUGUUGGUAACUUCUAGUCUUACAGUAUGUGGAGAAGUCUCAGUGUGACCCUGGGAAGAGCUGGAUGGAGCAUGGCUGGGAGGUGAGGCAAGGAGAUGAAGUGGUUACACAAAAAAAAGAAGUUAGGAAGAUUGUGGCACCCAGGUUUUUUUUUCAUGGGAAGGUAAUGCCAGAAGUCAAAAUGAGGCAAGAAGGAGUAAAAGGCAAGAGGUGUUGAGCAUUAAGUUGGUGGCUUAGGUAGAAAACCAGCUGCAGGAGAGGAUGGGAUGGAUUUCUCUUUGAGGACUGAGGGCAGAGUUCUUGGGUGGACUCAGAUGGAGGCGUGUCCCUCUGGAAGGAAGAGAAGGAUCAAACCAUGGGGAAGGGAGAAGGCUGAGCGCAGACAGGGCUUUCUAAUUGAUGGGUUGAGAGCUGUGGGGUUGUUCAGGGAGAUGAAAGGCACCUGGAAAACAACACUCAGAGGAUGGCUGCUCGGUGGUUUUUCCAUGUGUCUCAAGACACUUUGGAGGAUCAAAACACUUUCCUUGUUCAGCCUCAAGUCCUUUGUUUCCUUUGUUUUGUAGCUGUGUCCAGAUUGGCAGCAAAGGGUGAGACUGAAAUGGCAAAAGAAGGUGGGAAUUAAGAGGUGACCUUGUUUUAUUUAAUUUAUUUUCUUCCCUGGAGUUUGACACUUGCAAUCAGCACCCCAGAGUGUUCAACAACCUUUGUGCUGGGAUCUGAGAAGGCUUCCAGCUCUUCUGUCUGGAAAGACUCAUGUGUUGUGUGCUCUAAACUACAGCGUGGAAUGGUCAGCUGGUGCUUGUCAGAGGUAAGUGGAAAUACUGCCAAAACGGUGGAAUUCCUCUCGGGGCAUGGAGUUUAAACAUUUUUUGUGGUAGCUGAUGGAUAGGAAUCAUUUCAAAGAAAAGGAAGAUUUAAACCAAUAAGGAAAAAAAGUCACCAAUUCAAAUGCCAGUGUUAAAACAUGAAGGGUGUCCAUGCAAUCCCAUUGGGAAGCAGCCCCCUUGGAGUGUUUUGUGCCUCACAUCAGGUAUUUUUUCAGCACAACACAUGUGCAAAUGACCCGUGGAUUUUGAGUUCUUGAGGCUGUGGUAAUUCAGCUUGAGAAAUCCCUGUCAGUUGAACUACUGCUGGUGCCAGUGGAUUAUCACAGGAUGCUGUUUGAUCUCAGCACAGGAAUUUCAGUGAGGAGCCAUUGGAAGAAAUUAAAGAAAUGUGUUUAAAAUAAGCAAAAGAGCUCUGAGAACUGGUGUGAGGGAUCCAGGUAGUUCCACUGGCACCACAGAAUGCCUGAUAAGGAGUCAGCCUGGCAGCUGGAAUCUGUGGAGCUGCUGCUGGGGGAGUGAGGCACUUCAUGCCCUGGCACAUCCAGGUUCUUCCAACCAGAUAAGGACACUCCUGCAGCCAUCCAUGGGCUCCACACAGUGAUGCUCCUGGUAAUUGCUGCUUCCUCAUGGGUGAGGAUGUGGAAAACCUGCCUUUGCUCUGGGAGUGCCUUGCAAAUAUCAGAUGGAAGUGGCAUUGCUGAGAGGGAGUGUUUUGGGGUGGAGGGAAUGUGCUUUAUUCCUAAUGGCUCACCCCAUUCCUGCAGGGAGUGUGCUGUGCCUGUCCUGACCUUAGGCUGGGUCUUGAGUGGAGCAACAUCUAAAUGCGGCUGAGAAGGGACUUGUGUUGCUGUGCAGGAGCUCUGAGCAGGAGGCAAGGUUUGGCUGGAAGAUUUGGGGCGUGUUUUGGGUCAGUUUUGGCCUGAUUUGGCACUGAUUGUUGAACUCAGCAGAGCUUGGCGUGUUCUCACAUGGCUGAGCUUGAUGUCCUGCUGCCAGACGUGGUGGCUUUACAGAAGCUUCCAGUGAAAACACUUCCACUAAGAAAUCCAAGAAUUAGACAAAGUUAAACAAAAUAACAUCCCCAAGUGUAUUUUUGAUUUGUAUGCCAGCUUCUGUGCAUUCCUAGGGUGGGAGAGGCUUGAUCAUCAUCCUGUCUCCUCCUCUCCCUCCUUUCUGCCCCCAGCCCCUUCUGCAGCUCCACACUCUCAGCUUCCACCUGGCUUUCUUAAACAGGAUGUUUAAGAAACAUCCCAUAGCAGGGAGACCUGGUGAGCUGGGUUAUGUCUGGGAGGAACCCUCCAGGAUCCAAGAACCCUUGCCUUGCCUUGCAUCCAUCGUGGAGCCAAAACACAGAGCAAGCAACCAGAAACCCUGGCACUGGCUGGGCUGCAAGGAGUCCCCCAGCCCAAGGAAUUUGGCUCACGGGAUCAGACUGGAACCAGCUGGUAGAAGGAACUGUGUGGUUCUGCUCACAUCACCCUGGAGAUGACAAGAUGUCUGGGACCUGUCCUGAUGUGGGAGAUGCAGAGCAGAGGCUGGCAACUCGAGGCUUGCUCUUGGAGCUGUCCAACACCUUCAAACAAGGCAUUUUCAGUGUUGGAAUGGGUUUGAAAUCCCAGACCUGUGCAGAUCCCAGGCCCUGGAAAAGCCAGUUGUUAUAAGAGUGGAAGUUAGGGGAGGUGGCUCCAAUGUAUUUGUGAUGCUUCAGUCUCUGGAACAGACUUGGAGAAGGCUGGAAGCUGAAGCUGUGAGUGCUGUGUGCAUUUCUGCUGCAAAACUUGGAUGAAAUCCAAUUGGAAUCUCCUCUGAAUGUGCCUGAGAUGUGAUAGCCUGUGUAGGCUGCAAAUCAAUGCUGCAGCCGACACAUAAAAGCUGUUUUCCAGCUUACCUGGUCCUGAGACUGCUCAGCUCAGGCCCUCUGUGUCCCACCUCAUUCCAGGCAGCCUUGGGUCAACACUUGCUGUGAGCACAUCUUGGUUCUUGAAGCCCCUUGCCCACAGAGCAUCCAAUCUUUCCUUUCCAAAUGGAGUUGUAAACAGAGCUGCCCUCCAAGCCUUGUCUCUGAGCUAGGAGAAACCCUGGGGUGGAUACACCUCUGAGUAAACCUCCCCUCUGGGGUCAGGGUGAGGAGGUUGGGGCUUCAGCCUGGAGAAAAGAAGGUUGUGUGGAGAUCUUUGAACAGCCUUCCAGGAUCUGAGGGGACUACAGGGAAGCUGGAGUGACAGGAUAAGAGGGAAUUGAUUCAAGCUGAGAGUAGGUUUAGAUGGAAUAUUGGGAAGGAAUUCCUCCCUGUGAGGGCGGUGAGGCCCUGGCACAGGGUGCCCAGAGAAGCUGUGGCUGCCCCAUCCCUGGAAGUGUUCCAGGCCAGGUUGGACAGGGCUUGGAGCAGCCUGAGCUAGUGGAAUGUGUCCCUGCCCAUGGCAGAAGCUGGAAUGGGAUGAGCUUUAAGGUCCCAUCCAACUCUUGACAUUGUGUGAUGCCAUGCAAGAGAAGUGCCAUGCUGGGGGUGAUUCAUGCUCUACAAGGAAAAGUAAAUGCGUUGUCUGUCUGUGGUGAUGCAAAUGGGACAGAGGGGAACAGGUCUCUAGGAAAUGCUGAAGGACAGUGAAAAUAGUGUUUGAUGAAAAAGGCUGGAAGGAAUAGGGAAGUGGAGCUACUAAACUUGUCUUUGCAGUCAUGUUGAAGUCUUAGGAGGUGAGGAGACAGGAAGCUUCUCUGGAAAGAGGAUAUUGAUUCCAUGGGCAUGAUGAAAGGAUGAGCCAAGCAGGGAGAUGGUCAAAUACCUGGGAAGAACAGCUGUGUUAGCCUGACAGGAGGCUUCAGGCUCUGUGUUGGGUAAAUGUCAUGUUUGGAGCACCUCUUUUUAUGUAUAAACAGUGUUUCAUGGAGCAACUGGACAGAACACCCCUCAGGAAGAACCCAGGUUUUGUUCUGGCUGAUGCACAGGACCAGGUGUGGAGUUAGUGGAAAGCUGUUCGGUAUCAGUGACCAAACUGGGGUUGGAUCUGCAGUCCUGCUGGGCAGGGAAAGAAAAAGGGGGUGAAAAACAGGAGGAAAAAAACCAAUGAAAAACAACACACAAAAAAUCCCACAAGUAAAUUUGUAUUUAAUCUUGAAAGAAAUGGUGGCUGAGGCUGCCUUGCUGAAGGAUUUUUAGGAGCAUCAGGAAAUGGUGGGGAAGCAAGGCCAGGGCAGGUUUAGAUUGGAUAUUAGGGGAAAUUCCUUUGCAAAAAUUGUGGUGAGACAUUGAAACAGGCUACCCAGGGUAGUAGUGGAACUCCUGUCCUUGGAGGGAUUUAAAAGCUGUGCGGAUGUGGCACUUGGGGACAGUGCUGUUAGAGGUGGCCUUGGCAGUGUUUGCGUGGGGUUGGACUCGAUCCUGGAGGGCUUUUCCACCCUGUUAGUUGUCAGUUAACUGGAAAUACCACUGGGGAAAUUACACAUGGGAAGAGGGAGUUGCUGGCAGCUUCUCUGGGAUUCAUGGGAGUGGGAAACCUGUCUGUCUCUCCAAGGGGCCCAUCCAUAGGGUGCCAUUAUAGAUUAACUACCAAAUUUUACUUCUGAAGCAAAGGAGCGGUUUACUGCGGGCUGAGGACACCAUUGGCCUUGAGCUCUUACAAAACCACGAAGGGAUGGUGAAAACCCACUGAAAAGUUUGCUGGUUUGAGCCUUUCUCCAGCAGGAUGGUGCUGGCAGCUGAGUUGUGGGCUCAGCUGGUCUACAAAUGCCCUUUGUAGCCUGGCUGAUGCCAGCAACUCGUGUGGGAAUCAGGGCUAUCUCCAUAAAAUAGAUGUUUUCAGUGCCAGCAUCCAGCAGAAAUCCCAGUUGUUGCUCUUGGAAGACAAGUGAAGCUUCAGGUGAUGUCAUGUCAGUCCUUCCAUCUCCAACGUCAUGUUACUUCAGGAUAUCUUGGUCCUACCUGCAGAGGCCAUUCCUAGCUUUGUUUUGGCACUGUUGGGAUAUAACAAAGAGCGUGGAUUCUGGGAAGAGCUGUGAGUUCCAGCUCUGCUCAGCUUUUGGGAAAACAGGAUCGCACGUCAGAGCCGGGUUUGGGUGUCUGCAGGGAGUUGUUGUGCCCUGGGGGAUCCGGGCUGGAUCCUCGGUGCCGGUGCCUUGGGAUGGUGUUGGCUCUUCCCCAAUCCCACCGUGGUGCCAGCGCUGCGGAACGUCAGAGUCUUGGAUUUUGGAAUGCGUCCUCCAAAGGCUCUCAGCCAGAAAGCUCUACCUGGGAGCAACAGGAAUGCUGCUUCCAAAAAACAGGAGGUCUUCUUGGGACAGAACCAACCACCCUUGCAUUGCUGCUGCUGGUCUGAAGAUGUGUUCUCAUCCAGGCUGGGGCCACCUCUGGAGAGGAGUAAAAGCCUGAUGAAAAGUAGCUGGGGGGGCUCAACCUGGAGAAAAGAAGGUUCAGGGAGGACCUUCUCACUCUGUCCAACCCCCUGACAGGAGGGUGGGGCUGGGGCAGUUUGGUCUCUCCUCCCAGGGAACGAGUGGAAAUGGCCUCAGGUUGCACUGAGGAACGUUUAGGUUGGAUAUUAGGAAAACAUUUCUUCACAGAAAAGGCCAGGACACCAUAAAUACACAAACAGUUCCUGGUGUGGGUAAACUCUAUUACCUGUUUAUCUAUUGCUGCCAUGAAAUUUUUCUUCUUUUCCCCUCUCUGAUCCAUUCCACACAUCAUCUCACACUCAGUUCCUUGCUGAGGAGUGAGUAAUAUUGUCAUGGAGCAUUGGAAUUCCAUAAGUCUUUAGGGAUAAAUUAAAAUUAUUGCAACUCCUGACCCAGGUGUUAGGUUUGUCCUUUACCCUUGCGUAACACUGGUGUAAUGAGGAGCGCCCCACACUGUGGACAAUUAUCCACACUGGAAAGCUUCAGCAUGACUCCCAAACAAGGAAAAAAAAAGACUUUAAUAAUGAAAAGCUUAAUGCCCUAAGUUGUACACACAGGGUUUUGCUGCAAGAAGGGACUUGUGGAUAUUGUCUCCGAGUCUACAGAAACACAUAAUUCUCUUAAAGCUCCUUUGUUCCUUUGGGUAGCCCGAGCCAUGCUGGGUGUGUGUCUCUAAUCUUGAAAUCUAUGAGCUUUAAGGAAAAAAUUAAGUUAAUUAAAACAGUUUUUACAUGUA